AUGGAAUCCACAGGCUGUCCAAAGUCAUGGGAGGUCCCUGUAGACUAUGCGCGGCCGAUGAAGGUUAUCUGCAUCGGUGCUGGAAUGUCCGGAAUUCUGUGCGGAAUUCGGUUUCGACAAAGAAUUCCAAACCUUGAUCUAGUGAUAUACGACAAGAACGAGGAAGUAGGCGGUGUUUGGCUCGAGAACCGGUACCCCGGACCCUUGCUAGAUGUUCCAUCUGUUUCAUUUCAAUACACAUUCGAGAAUAAUCCGUAUUGGUCACAUUUCUUUUCCCCGGGACCAGAGAUCGGUCGUUACUUCAAAAAUGUUGCCGAGAAGUAUGACAUGAGAUCUUUGGUCAAAUUCCGACAUGUUUUCAAGUCCGCCAGGUGGUUAGAGGAUAGGGCCAAAUGGGAGGUGACAAUGUUGCGAAUCGCCGAUAACAUGGAGUUCAAAGAUUAUUGUGACGUAUUUGUCAAGGCCACGGGCAACUUGAAUAAAUGGAUGUGGCCGAAAGUUCCUGGCUUGCACGACUUCAAAGGUGACUUGAUACACAGUGCCAACUGGGAUGAGAAUUUCGAUCCCACAGGAAAACGAGUUGCUGUGCUUGGCUAUGGAGCUACGGCCGUCCAGCUAGUACCUGCAAUUCUUCCUAAGGUGAAAUAUAUGGAUCACUAUGUUAGAGGACAGGCAUGGAUAUCUCCAGCCGGUUAUGUUGCCGCCGAUCCUAGAAAGGGAAAAUCUGAUAUCCAUAACUUUCCUCACUCACUGGAGGAACAGGAGGAAUUCGCCCACGAUCCAAAGGCACAAUUGAGCUAUCGUCACCAAGUUGAAGACUUUGUCAAUAAGUUCCAGCUGGUUCACUGGGUAGGUUCAGAUAUGCAUAAGUCUUUCUCCAAGGCUACUGAGGAUUCUAUGCUACGCAGACUUGCGAAGAAACCAGAAAUAUUUGAAUCUCUGAAACCAGACUACCCCAUACUUUGCCGUCGGGUGUCUCCUGGUCCGAAGUAUCUCGAAGCAUUGAUGGAAGACAACCUCAACUUCAUCCCGAAGGGUGUCCAGAAAGCCGACACCACUGGUCUUAUCGACGACGACGGCGUACAUAGAGAGGUGGAUGCUAUCAUUUGCGCCACGGGGUUUGACACAUCAUUGUCUCUCGAUGAUACCCCUAUAUAUGGCAAGGAUGGCAUCUCGCUAGGCGAACAAUGGCAGGACGAGCCUGGCGCUUAUAUGUCCCUUUGUCCGCCGAAUAUGCCUAAUUGCUUCUUUUUUGUGGGGCCUAAUGGGGCGCCGGGAGCGGGUUCCACAAUUCAAAUGAGCGAAGUAACUUGCGAGUAUAUGAUCAAAUGUAUCCUCAAAUUGCAACGCGAGAACCUGAAGUGGAUGAAACCAAAAGAUUCCGCCGUUGCAGCUUUCAAGAAACAGGUGGACAGAUAUUUUGAAAAGACCACUUUCGCUUUCACGUGUAAUAACUGGGCGAAGCGGACAUCAAAUGGCAGGAUGCUGGGCUAUUGGCCGGGCUCCGCUGUUCAUCAACGAGCAACACUAGCGCAUCCCAGAUUUGAGGAUUUCGAUUAUGCGUCAAAUGACACAGAUAAAAUCGAUAGCUUGGCAUGGAUGGGUAACGGGAUGAUAAUGGCUCAAGAGUUGAAUAUUUCCACGACGGGGUAUUUGGACACUUUUGACAAACCCCCCGUUCGGGCCAAUACUAGGCCAGGCGAUAGCAAGAUUCGAAAGACGCCGAAAAGGGGAAAUUUUGGGGCGACCGUGCGCCUGUAA